UUCGCCAUAACUUGUUAUACCUUCUCCUUAAUCUCCAACUCUAACCAAACCCUACACGCCGAUUCACAGGCAACCGUAUCAAGCUCUCACCUUCAUCCAGUUAUCAGAAUGGAUAAGACUGACGUGGAGAUGGAUGAUGUCCAAAAUACUGUGGUAGAGUCGAUUGAUUCCAGUCCUGCUCUUCCUGGCCAACACUCCACCAGUGAAAAUGCUAAAAUAGGGACGCAAAACCACCCUGAAACUGGGGCUAAGACCCCAAUUCCUGCUGAAAAUGGAAACGGUGAUACAAUGAAACAGACUGAUCCAAAGGCUGCGGUGGAGGACCACAAGAAUGCUGCAACUGAGACAGCGACUAUAGGCCAGCCGGAGACUCAAGGCAAUACAGCACUUGAUGACCAAAACAAUGCUACAGGUGGAACAGAAGGAGAAACCACAAUUCAGGACAAAAAAGAAGGGGAUCCUGAUGCAGAUGUGGCUUUGAAGAAGGAAGAACCUAUUGGAAAUGUUGCACGACAUGAUACUACAGGUGUAAACAUGCAGGUACUUGAGGAGCUGCCUACUAAUGAAGUAGGUGACAGUGGAAAAGAGGUGAAGGAAGCUCAUCAGGCUGAGAACUCAAUCAAAGAUGUUCAUCAAAAUGGGAAUGAUAUGAUGGUCGAUGAACAGAAGAAAGUGGAACAUAAAGCUAAUACUGCAAGUGUUAUCUCUGAUCGUGAUGAUAGAUCGAAUGAGUUGUCAGAGACAAAAGAUGCUGUUAAGAAUACUGCUAUUGCAAAGAUGCCGGAGCCAGCCACUCCGAAUUUGUCGGUGAAAUGUGACACUGCAAACACUGGACAGCAUACUGGGGAAGCAUCAAAUAAGAUCUUUGAUGAAUCAAAGAUGGCUGACGAUGAGGAUGAAGAUGAGGAUUGGAAUGAUGAUGGAUCACCAGAGGAUCAAACAGCAUUUAUGAGAGAACUUGAAAAUUUUUACCGGGAGAGAGCCAUGGAAUUUAAACCACCCAAGUUUUAUGGCAUUCCUCUUAAUUGCCUGAAGUUGUGGAGAUCUGUGAUCAGAUUGGGUGGCUAUGAUCGGGUUACUGGAUCGAAGCUGUGGAGACAAGUCGGCGAAUCGUUUAAUCCCCCCAAGACUUGCACAACUGUGUCCUGGACAUUCCGCAUUUUUUAUGAGAAGGCUCUUUUAGAAUAUGAAAGGCAUAAGAUGCAAAGCGGCAAGCUUCAACUUCCUAUUGCUGCUCUUCCUGAAGCAGGUGUUGAUAAUGAGGGAAAUGGUAAUCAAACUCCUGGAUCAGGCAGGGCGAGAAGAGAUGCUGCUGCUCGUGCCAUGCAAGGAUGGCAUGAGCAACGUCUUCUUGGUUGUGGCGAGGUUGGGGAGCCAAUUGUAAAGGACAAGAAUGCCAAACAUACGCCAAAGCGUGAGAAGAAUUUCAAAAGCAUUGGUUCUAUAAAACACAAGAGACCAAAUGAAAUGGAACAUCCUUCGAAAGUGGCACGAACAGAAACAUCUAAGCAGUUGGUUACAACAGUUGUUGAUUUGGGACCUCCAGCUGAUUGGGUAAAAAUCAACGUGCGAGAAACAAAAGAUUGUUUUGAGAUCUAUGCUCUGGUGCCUGGGCUUUUGAGAGAGGAGGUGCGCGUUCAAUCUGAUCCUGCUGGCCGUCUGGUCAUAACUGGUCAGCCGGAACAACUUGACAACCCUUGGGGUAUUACCGCCUUCAAAAAGGUAGUUAGCCUGCCAGCUAGAAUCGAUCCACUUCAGACUUCUGCUGUUGUUACCCUCCAUGGACAGCUCUUUGUUCGUGUACCAUUUGCGUAGUGAAAAUAUUUGACUCAAGAGGGAGUUUUGAACGUUUGGAUGAACUUUAUUGACAAAGCAUGGAUGCUGAUAGUUGACCAACAUUGAUAGUCAGAUUGUGAAUGCUAGGGCCGUAGAUUGUGGAUCUGUGUAUGAUGAUUAGUUUGAUCAAAUUAGUUGUUGACGUGUUCUGUGGGUUAAAAUUUUAAAGCAAAAGGAGGCAUGUCCUGCUGCGACACAUUUUUUUACUCUGGGAAUUUAGCUAGAACUUUUUUGUUUCUGAGAUUAAUAUUUAUACUCAAUUAUUUCUAGUUAGCAUUUGA